AUGCUAUUCUACUUUGAACGUCCCGAAUUAAUUGUUGUCACAACUGGUUUUCAAUCUGUGGAUACGUUCCUUCUUAUCAGCGGAUUUUUGCUGACGUAUGUUGUUCUGAAACAAAAAAGAAACCGCCUAGUGGUUAUUCUUAUCGCAGUGGUGAGGCGCUACAUCAGGACGAUCGUCCCCCUCUUCUUCCUGCUAAUGUGUAUGCAUGUUCUACCUUUGUUCGCAACUGGUCCAACGUCCACGGAAUAUUACCGAAAAUUCUACACAGAAAUGAGCAGGCAUUGGUGGGAUUUGCUUCUGCAGAUUCAUAAUUUCAGGAUAAAGGUGGAGUCUGUUGCAUUGAUUCACAUCUGGUACGUUUCCGCAGACUUCCAGCUGUUCCUGGUAUCCAUCAUAGUAAUACAGAUUUUCAAAAAAUCCAAAUUGUGGUGCGGAAUUAUAUUUGUGCUGAUGUCGUUGGUGUGCUGCGGAAUAUCGGCUUGGAUAGUGCAUGAUACUGAGAUCCCGCCAUUUAUGAUCGGCAUGACAGAAAACUUCAGCACCCCCAAAGAUACGAUGGAAAACUACUACACCCUCCCCUUUUAUCAUGCGGUCUGUUUCUUCGUGGGUUGCAUUACGUGGCUUCUCGUGGAUACAUACAGACACCACCGCAUGUCCACAAUUGCGCAGGCCAUUCUCUGGGCGUUUAGCCUGUCUUGCGGAAUGGGCAGCGUGUUUAUGAAGUGCGAGUGGUACUUGUACAAAAUGCCCACCACAGAAUUAGGGAAAAUGUUCCUCGCCUUCUUCGAUAGAAUCAUGUGGUCCAUAUUUGUGGCCUGGAUCACGUUUGCCUGUUCUACAAAACGAGGAGGUGUUCUCAAUAGCGUCCUGUCCUGGAACGGAUUCGCACCACUCAGUAAACUUGCCUUCGGGGUAUAUUUUGUCCACAUGCCAUUCUACGACUUGAUGAACCACAUAGCCAGGGAGAGGACGUACUUCUCUCACUUUUCUUUGGUGUCCCAAUGCUUCAGUGUGCUACUCUGGAGCUACAUACUGAGCUAUUUCAUGUACAUCGCCUGCGAAGCUCCGGUGGCCCACUUGGACCGGAUAAUGUUUGCGCCAAACAGAAGAAAACAAGACGACGAUUGCGGCAAGGCUCAAGAAUCAUUCCAUGUAAAAGACGGCGGUGUCAUCAACUGCAGUUACAAAGAAUACUGUAUUGAGGGCAACGGAAAAUAUAGGACGCGUGAGUGCGACUAG